CCGAAGUGGCACUGGAGCCUCGCCAGCUGAGUUCUCAUAUGAAACUACUCUUCGCAUUCCUGGUUGAGGCAACUCUAAUUCGGAAGAGGAUAAAAUUUCCUAAUGAUACUACUAGGAAAAACAAAAGAAAAAAAAGGCAACAACGAAAAUGAAAAACAUUCUGCAGUAGAGAAAGAAGUUUAAAGAAACGAUUGAAUAUUGAGACCUUUAGAAAACAAGUAGUUUGAAAUUAGUGAAUAGAUGUUUGACUGCUUAAGUUGGAAGUAUAACAAAUUGCUCAACUACAAACAAAAAUCAGCCUGAACUACUGAAAUUUAACAAUCAGUUCGGAAUCAAAUAAUAAUCAACAAUGGCCAAUAAAGAAGCACAACCGUCGAAAAAGAGGAGUUGGGCGAAAGAAGCCGCUAUUCAAAUCGGAUCUGGAGGAUCCGCUGGCUUUGUCGAAGUUUGCAUAAUGCAUCCAAUGGAUUUGGUAAAAACGCGCUUGCAGUUGCAAGUAAAAACAAAAGGAUCAGACCCGACGUACUACACAGGAAUUGGGGAUUGUUUGAAAAAAAUGUAUAGAAAUGAAGGCUUUUUUUCCUAUUGGAAAGGCAUUGUACCACCAAUCCUAGUUGAAACACCAAAAAGGGCAGUUAAGUUUUUCACGUUCGAACAAUAUAAACAAUUGUUUUUAUUUGGUGCAAGUGCACCAACACCAUUGACAUUUUCAUGCGCUGGCUUGUGUGCUGGAUUCACAGAAGGCUUUUUAGUUAAUCCUUUUGAAGUCAUCAAAGUCCAACUUCAAUCUAAUCGCAAGCAUGUGAAAGAUAGCCCAUCUACAAUGGCCAUUACAAAAGAAAUCAUCCGAAAACACGGCUUUGGACUUAAUGGUUUGAAUAAAGGCCUUACCGCUACUCUUUUAAGAAAUGGCAUCUUUAACGGCUUCUAUUUCGGCUUCUACCAUUCUGUAAAGUCUUCUGUGCCAUCAAAUCCAAAUUCUACAUAUGAAUUUCUCACAAAGGUAGCCAUUGGAUUUUGUUCUGGAAGUUUUGCAUCCUGCCUUAAUAUUCCUUUUGAUGUUGCUAAGAGUAGAAUUCAAGGGCCUGAAGGACACAAAUAUAAGGGAACUUUGCGCACCAUAGCAAUUGUUUAUAAAGCAGAGGGAUUUAGAGCGUUGUACAAAGGUCUUGUGCCAAAAGUAGUAAGACUUGGUCCUGGAGGUGCCAUUAUGCUUGUGGUUUAUGACUAUAUGCAUGAAUAUCUUGUAUCAGUUUUAAACUGAUAUAAUAACUAAUUUUAAGAGCAAUGUGACAAUUACAAGAUG